GGUUUUGCAGCAUUGGCAGCAGAAGCAAUGGCGCCGAAGAAGCCGAGAAACUCAAGGGUGACGAGGAACCCUGAUCUAAUAAGGGGAAUUGGCAAGUACUCGAGGUCCCAGAUGUACCACAAGAGGGGCAUCUGGGCCAUUAAGGCCAAAAACGGCGGCGUUUUCCCUCGUCACGAUCCUAAUCCCAAGCCCGAAGCUACGGCUGAGAAGCCACCGAAGUUUUACCCCGCCGACGAUGUGAAGAAGCCACUCGUCAACAAGCGGAAGCCAAAACCCACAAAACUCCGGGCUAGCAUUACUCCAGGGACAGUGCUGAUUCUGCUUGCAGGGAGGUUUAAAGGAAAGAGGGUUGUUUUCCUGAAGCAGCUUCCAUCCGGGUUGCUUCUUGUCACAGGUCCCUUUAAGAUCAAUGGGGUUCCACUGAGAAGGGUGAACCAAUCGUAUGUCAUUGGUACAUCUACCAAGGUGGAUAUCUCUGGUUUUAAUGUUGAUAAAUUCGAUGACAAGUACUUUGCUAAGGAAGCAGAGAAAAAGAAAAAGAAGGGAGAAGGGGAGUUCUUUGAGGCAGAAAAGGAGGAGAAAAAUGUGCUUCCCCAAGAAAAAAAAGAUGACCAAAAAACUGUGGACACUGCUUUGUUAAAAGCCAUUGAGAGUGUUCCGGACAUGAGGUCUUACUUGGGUGCCAGGUUUUCGUUGAAGGCAGGAAUGAAGCCUCAUGAGCUAGUCUUCUAGAGUGACAAAGUUAUUUUCCUUAUUCAGUUUUUGUUGAACUUGUUCCUAAUAGUUGUACUGUUAUGCAUUCGUUGGAAAUGAAAACAUUGUGCAAGGCUUUUUACUUCCAGUUUUGGUCUUAAUAGUUUUAUUAUUUGUACCUUAAUUAGCCCCCCUUCCCCCCCCCCCAAAAAAAACCGUAGAUAUUUAAAUUCAUACUAAUGCAUUAUAUGCUAUGUGAUGCUUGCUCCGUGAUUUUG